CCUCACUAUGCCUGCAAGGGUUGAGCCUGCUGCUCUACCUAUUGCUCCCGCAGGAUGCUCAGGAUGCUUUGUCGUAUCCCUUUCAUUCUUAUACCGACUCUCAGUCUGUUCCCGUUUUCUUUGACACGGGCUGCGCCACAGGGUUUUCCUAGUUCUGGAAAUGGUCUGUGGUAUCGAACGCCUGGGUCUUCUUGGUCGAAAGAAUGGUUACCGAUCGGCAAUGGCUAUCUUGCAGCAUGCUGAAUACUUGCAGACGGGCACAUGUCGCAUGGGUCCAGACCCUAGGACGUCUGUCAUCGAUGCGAAUCUCAGAGUUCAUGGAACUGCUGGACUACGAGUUAUCGAUACUUCUAUUUUCCCAGAUAAUGUCUCCGGCCAUCCUGCCGCUCCUGUUGUUGCAGUGGCAGAAAAGGCAGCCGAUAUGAUUAAGGAGAGCUGGAGGUUGUGAGCGACCGGAUGGUGAUAUUCUUGAACUCACAUCAUUUCCGGGCU